GGCGGGCGCCAGGGGGCGGGCGGGGGCGGCGGCGCCGAGCGGAGCGCAGGGGUCGGGUCGGUUCCGCCGCACUCUCGCCGUCUCGUCACCCCCAUCCCCGCCGGGCACGGGCGACGGGCAGGUCCCGGCGCUGCAGGUUCUGAAGGUCUUUAAGCUCUGAAUACUUACAAGCUCUUCAUAUAUAACAAUGUCUGGCUCAUAUGAUGAUUCCGUUGGAGUAGAAGUUUCUAGUGAUAGCUUCUGGGAGGUUGGAAAUUACAAGAGGACAGUAAAACGAAUUGAUGAUGGCCACAGACUUUGCAAUGAUCUCAUGAACUGUAUUCAUGAACGGGCACGGAUAGAGAAGGUCUAUGCUCAGCAGCUCACAGAAUGGGCUAAAAGGUGGAAGCAGCUUGUGGAGAAAGGCCCACAGUAUGGAACAGUAGAAAGGGCUUGGUGUGCUUUUAUGUCAGAAGCUGAAAAAGUGAGUGAACUACAUCUAGAAGUAAAAGGUUCACUGAUGAAUGAAGAUUUUGAAAAAAUCAAGAACUGGCAGAAGGAAGCCUUUCAUAAGCAAAUGAUGGGAGGAUUUAAGGAAACCAAAGAAGCAGAAGAUGGAUUUAGGAAAGCUCAGAAACCCUGGGCAAAAAAGCUGAAAGAGGUGGAAGCUGCAAAGAAAGCUUAUCAUGCUGCCUGCAAGGAGGAGAAACUGGCUAUAUCCAGAGAAACAAACAGCAAAGCUGAUCCAGCACUGAAUCCUGAACAACUGAAGAAAUUACAAGACAAAGUGGAGAGAAGCAAACAAGAUGUACUAAAGACAAAAGAGAAGUAUGAAAAGUCACUGAAAGAAUUAGAUAAUGCUACUCCUCAGUAUAUGGAGAACAUGGAGCAGGUAUUUGAGCAGUGCCAGCAGUUUGAGGAAAAGCGGUUGCGUUUCUUCCGAGAAGUGUUACUGGAAGUCCAGAAACACCUUGACUUGUCCAACGUUGCAAGUUAUAAAAAUAUCUACCGUGAGCUGGAACAGAAUAUCAAAACAGCAGAUGCUGUUGAAGACUUGCGGUGGUUCAGAGCUAAUCAAGGUCCAGGGAUGUCAAUGAAUUGGCCUCAGUUUGAGGAGUGGUCUGCAGACCUCAAUCGCACUCUCAGUAGAAGAGAAAAGAAGAAGGCUUCUGAUGGAGUAACUCUGACUGGCAUCAAUCAGACAGGAGACCAAGUUUCACAGCCUAACAAACAUAGCAGCAGUCUUAGUGUCCAGAGUAACACAGUGCAGUCAGUACAAUCAAGUUACAAUCCCUUUGAAGAUGAAGAAGAUACUGGGAGUACUGUCAGUGAGAAGGAGGACAAUAAGAUCAAAAAUGUUAGCAGCUAUGAGAAAAACCAAAGCUACCCUACAGAUUGGUCUGAUGAAGAGUCCAACAACCCCUUCUCCUCCACUGAUGCAAACGGAGACACCAAUCCCUUUGAUGAAGACACCCCUCCUGCCAUGGAGGUGAGAGUACGUGCACUCUAUGACUAUGAGGGCCAGGAGCAAGAUGAGCUCAGCUUUAAGGCUGGAGUUGAGAGAACAGAAUAGAUCCAACUGAUGGGGGAGACCCAUUACACACUGUUUCCACACACGGGAAGGUGACAUCAGGGUGUGAUGGCUGCACACCACAGGUGCUGCUGCCUCCAGCUGAAAUCUACCCCCUAUUCAUGACUUUCAAGCCAGUUGUUCAGCUUUCAUGCCCAGAAUUGCAGGAGACAUUUUCCAACCAGGAAUUCAAGAACAAGAUUGCAGGAGUAGUUUAGCAAAAGCAAACAGAACUUCAUAUUGUGCAAAAGAGAGAAAUAGAUACUCUUUGAGUUUGUCUCUUUUCCUAUUUACUUGUCUUUUAUUCCCAUCUCCUGUAAUAACCAGAUUAAUUGUAAUAGAAAAACAGGAUUCAAGUGUUGAAAAGAAACUCCAGAAAGCUUUUGUCUGCCUCCCUUUCAGGUAUGGUUAGUUAAGAUUAGUGCUAUUUCUAUACCAGCUGCUGUGGUUCUUAGGUGGAUGUUAGGGCUAAAAGUUAGGAAACCAGUCCAUGUUGUAGCUAAUCAGGGAACUGCAGGAUGUCUGUUCUGCUGAUGAAGGGGUUGCUCAGAACAGUGUGUCCCCUGGUCAUAUUCUAAAUGCAGUUUGUGCUUUCUGAACCAAAACACCCCCUAGCUCAGGUGGUGGUGCUGCACCUUUAACUCACCUCUUUUUGUCAGUGAAACCACUGAAUAUCUGACUUUUCUUCUUUGUAGACAAGUAUCGUAGGCUUCCAGAGUGGAGGAAUGGGUUAUUUGUCCAUGAACUUUGCUAAAUUGUGCCCUGACAGAAGUACAGAAGUAACAAACAUCUGGUACUUUCUGUGGAAUACACACAAGCCAAAAGUUACUUUUCAUUCUAUAGACUUUACCUGCUCCAUUUUUCUCAACAGGGGAUGGAAGCAUGCUAAUCCUCUUGAAAUAUAUCUCUGGUGCCUGUGAAGCAGCAAGGGUUUACAGUAAUGAGUCUUUCCUUGGCAAAACUAUGCAGUGUUUAUAUACACAGAUGUAAUGGUUAAAUAGAAAGUUAAGUGCUGUGUGCUGGAGCACCAGCUGUGUCACUUGUAUUAAGCCACUGAACCAAGUGGCUCUUGGUGUGUGAGUUCUGUAGAAAUAAAGCAGAGGAAGUCUGAACUGUGAGAUAUAUGCAGACCUCACUUAAAAAGAGUUCAGUACUCUGAAGGAAGAGCAUUAAAGAAUAUUACAACACCAAAUGAUGUCAUUGAUACAAUUGUAGGAAAGGGAUGAUGUGCUAGACCAUGAAUCCCCUUAGAGAUGCUGAAUUAAUAGGAUGGCUACUUACUUAUUAGGCAGAAGUGUUAGUGUGACUAGCUUUACAUUGAACAUAAAAGAAACUAAGGAAAAGAACUCACUAGUUCAGGUAGGAGCCAAUUUAAAACGUACUCAAUCCUGUGUUCCUCUGUAGAUAUCCCUAGGCUCCUAAGCAGCUGUCAACAGAGGAUUAAUACAUUUUAAGGAUUUGUUCAAAUGGACAUAGAUAUUCUCAGAUAGGAUUUCCUUGGGUAUUCAAAGACUUUACCUACAAAAUGCUUCUAAGUACAUGUUCGAAUAUAUGCUCUGCACAGUGUCCAUUAAAUGUACUUUAAUACAUGAAACUCUUUUUUUUUAGUGGAGUACCUUUAUAUCUGGUGUUUUUUGUUUUGUUUUUUUUUUUUCUCUUGGCAAACAGCUGUGGGAGGCUUCCAGAGAGCAAGAAUAACUUCAUUCAUAUCCUAUGAGAGGUUUUAUAAGCAUGUAAGAGGAUGGGACAUAAUUAUUUACAAUAUUUGUAUUGUGGCCCUCGGUGGCUGAGAUAGUGACAGUAUUGGGGACUGUCCCUGCAAUAAUGACAUUGCAGAGACAACCUUUACUGGUUGUCCCUGCAAUGCUGUCAGAGUAUGUUAUUGUGUGUUCUGAUUUUAUCAUCACAGUGGUUUCAUUGUAACUGCUGUGCAGAUGACACUUAAUAUUUACUUGACUUCCAGGAUCACAGAGUUUCCAAGCCCAAGCUUUGAUACAAAUGCAUUUGUUAGGGCAUAUCAUCAUUCCAUUGUGAAUUUUGGAUACUCUCUGUUUCCACUCUUUAUUAACACACACUUCAUGGAAGGUUUGAAAUGCUCCCAUUCUGCAGCAUUAGAAAAAGUGGAAAAGUUGUUCCAUAAAACAAGUAGAGUCAUUUGUUCAUUUGUUCAAUGGGUAUUUAUUAGUUUUCUGAUAAAAACUAGAAGAGAUUAAAUUUUAACCUUUUUAUCAAAGAGAAAAGCUAUAAAGAUAAGUAUCUUGAGAAGAUUUAAUAUGAAGCUUGUCCAUUUCUACCAAAGAAUUUAUAGUUCUUAGGCUAGUUUAUAUUCUCCUAAAUGACACCAAGACUCUCUACUAUUUGGGACUAUAAUAAGUGAUUAAUAUCUUCAUCCUCUAUUUCCUAUUGCUAAGAUAAAACACACAUCAGUUUUAUCUAGGGAAAACAUUUGACACAAAUUAAUUGCACAGGAGGAAAUAAUUGUUACUCAAUUUGGUCUUUUUUGCCUGGCUGAGGUGGAACUUCCUUUGCUCCUAUGGAGCAUCUUGAAGUCUGCAGGCUCUCAAAAGUCAAAGUAUUCCCUGAGGAUGUGGAAUAUCAGAUGUGCAUUGCAAUCAAAAUGAAGUUAUCUUAUAGUUCAUGAAUGUCUGAAUGGAUAGUCUGGAAGUUAGCAAGCAAAUUCUGAGUUAUUUAAUCUUCGUAGCAUUUUCUUCCAUGUUUCCCUUAAAACCCUAAGACAAUAAGCCUAAUGAAACAUUUCUCUGUCUUGCACUGAGAUGGGGAAAAUGUUCCUUCUUUUCUUCAGGGGAUGAGUUAACCAAAA